GACAUGCCUGUGGGAGUGUUAUGUCCGGGACUUCAGAGGGAAGCAUGCAAGUGUUUUCAAGGACAGGCAACUCUCCUCAUUCUGGGUAGGAGGCAGCUUCUGCGCAGUCCAGCAUCAACAUCCCAAACUGUGGGACAAUUCCUGACGGGACACCAUCGGGAAGGGAAGCUUGGCUUGGAUGAGAAGGUCUGCUGAGCUAUUAGUGGCAAUCAAAGAACCAUGUCUGAAGAGAAGGACUGUGACUUGGAGUGUGCCAUCUGCUUCAGUAUUUACAACAAUGUCUUCAGGGCCCCCAAGCUGUUGGUCUGCGGUCACACCUUCUGCCUCGAGUGCUUGGCCCGAAUGAACAUGAAGUCACACGUGGCUGAAGCCAUCCAGUGCCCCAUCUGUCGCAGACUGACCAUCGUGCCCAAGGAGGGCCUGCCUAAACUGGGCAAUGACUCCAAUGUCCUGUCCUGCCUGCCCGAGACAAUGCAGAGGAUCCACAGCAUUCACUUCAAUCGGGGCAAAGGCCAGCUUUUCGUGAAGAAGGGGCCAGGGUCCCAGAAGAAGAAGGUGAAGAACAAAGUCUUUGCCAGCUCAGUGAGUCAGAGCCUGGAUGUGGGUCGUCCCUUGGAACCAGACAAUCGAAGGGAGCAAAGACAGAGCUGCUGGUGUUGCGUUCACAAGUCCUAUGUGACCAUCAUCACUGUUAUCCUGGUGACUCUGAGCGUCCUCAUCAGUUCUGUCUGGGUGUUUGUGGUCCAUUAG